UAGUUUUUAGGCUCUGUUGUCAUCCGUGGGGUAACCAUCCUCUCACAACACUGUAACCGCUCCAUCUGGAGUGCACACAAUGGGGCUGUAAUGUCGCUUGCCAUCGGAGCAUCUUCUGAAGAGCACCGAGGCUGUGUAUGGAUCUAAUGAUGAUGAAAAAGAAGAAAUUCAAGUUCCGGGUGGAUUUCGAGCUUGAUGAGCUUUCGUCGGUGCCUUUUGUCAACGGGGUUCUCUUCUGUAAAGUCAGGCUGCUAGACGGCGGCUUCUCCGAGGAGUCUUCCCGAGAGCCUGUGCAGGCCAACUGUGUUCGAUGGAGGAAACAGUUUUCUUUCCCCUGCAAGAUGAGCGCCAACGCGGGGACCGGAGUCCUGGACCCCUGUGUUUGCCGCGUGUCUGUCAGAAAGGAGUUGAAAGGCGGAAAGACCUAUGCAAAGCUCGGUUUUGCAGAUUUGAAUUUAGCAGAGUUUGCGGGCUCAGGGAAUACAACCCGCAGAUGUUUGCUGGAAGGCUAUGACACCAAAAACACUCGCCAGGAUAACUCCAUUCUUAAGGUUAUCAUCGGUACACAGCUCAUGUCAGGUGAUCCCUGUUUUAAAACGCCUCCCUCCACUGCCACGGUGAUUGGGAUUCAAAGUGAUGGAGAGAGCCUGCUGGAGGAGAGGAGGGGAGGAGACUCGCAGAAAGGCUGCUCUGGGGAGAGUCGAGAAGGGAAAUGUCCCGUUGUGUCAGAAGAGCUGGGGGGCUGCGGCCACUCCCGAACAUCCAGCUACGCCAGCCAGCAGUCCAAACUCUCAGGCUACAGCACAAGUCACUCCCGCUCCUCCAGCAUGUCAGAGUUCACCCACAGGAGGAACCACUCAGUGGGCAGCGCCUCCACAGGUAUCGGCAGCCUCCCAGAGCCCAGCGAGGACAGGGAGGCCAGACCGUGUCCAGCUCUGCCGGAACAUCCAGACCCGACGGGAGUCGCUAGCGAUCCUCCCGGCACGCCGGUGCGAAGCGCCUUAUCCUCUGAACCUCUUAGCAGACACCCUGUCAAGCAGGACUCCAUGGAAUCCCAGCUAAAGCGGAUGGACGACACGCGGGUGGACGCUGACGACGUUGUGGAAAAGAUCCUACAGAGUCAGGACUUUACGCCCAACCUGCUGGACUCCAGCACUGAAGAAGAAGGCCUGCGUCUGUUCGUCGGCCCCGGAGGAAGUACGGCUCUCGGAAGCCACCGUCUUCCGACGCGGGUUGGUGCAGGAGCCUAUGAGCAAGUGGUAAUCAAGCGUUAGGCCUCACAUGACUGACAGCAAAUACAGUUUUUGGACAAGAAUAUUGGAAAUGAGCCCGUUUCCACUUUUCUGUCUUCAUUCCUGGCACAGUAGCAGCCAUGAUCGCUUCAAACUGGAAACGUUACAAUAGCGCCCUCCUGUGUUCACACCUGGAGCAUGUAGCUGAUCAACUGAGAUCUUGACACAUCAUGGGGGACUUGGAUUAUAUUCUUUAUGAACAUCCAGAAAGGCUUUUAUAUCCUUUGGCCUUUUUGUAACUGUCUGCUGUGUUCAGUUGUAAAAAGCGUCUUCUUUCGAACAGAAGCUGAACGUUAGUGAAAAGCAUUUCUUUGUGUAGCUGUGCGGUGAGAAGCUCUGUGUCUAUCAUCAGAAUGAACUGGUCUGCUCAAAGCAGCAGCUUUUAAAACAUUCCUUUGUCCCUGAAUUUUGGACUUCCUUUGUAAAGAUGUCUGCUUUAAAAUUCAGCUAAUAAGCUGUAGUGGUUUAAAUUUUUGACAGCUGUUUUCAAGGCGACAAUAUUUUAUUACAAAACUCAAAGACUUUGGUUAUUUGAUGUGGAAGGUUGACUUGUGUCCUUUUAUUUGCUUUUGCCGAUCAUUUUCAUCCUUGUAUCUUCAGUUAAGCUCCUACAUUGGUACUAGCAAAGAAAGAAGAAGACUAAUCAAAUAUAUUCCCUAUAGAUGUCCUAUUCUUAUACUUCUAAAGAAUUUAGUGUACCCGGCAUUUAGUGCACAAAUGAAUAUUAGAAUAAUAUUGCUAACACAAUAUUUAUUGUCAAACAGUCACAAAAAUGAGACCAAAAGCUAAAAAAUAAAAUAAUCCAAGUCAUGGAAACAAUUUUUUUGGACCAUUUCUGCCAACUAGAAAUCUGCAGUCAUGCAUGACCCAUUUUUUUAUUCCUUUUUUUUAACAACACAGUUAAUCACCUGAUAUAUUAGGGCACAUAUCUAUUUUAUUUGGCAUUCUGUGUCUGUGUUUUGCAGCUGUUAGAUGUCCCAGUGAUCAAGGAGAGUGAACAAACGAAAAGCCUUUAGGAUCCAUCCACAGUUGAACUUUUGUGAACUGCACAAAAAAACUUCAACUGUACUCUCACAAAUACUUUAUUACAUAUGUAUCAUUAAUCUUCACAUCAAGUGAACAAAAAUUCACCUUUUGUCAAGCUAUCGUGUAGUUUUACUGCUGCAAGAUAAGCGAUGUUCACUAGGCAGGUUGGAAACUGUAAUGCACAGUUUGCAUUUUCAGCUACUUGAGAUACAUUUAAAUGAUCCAUCGCAAAACAGCAGUUUCAUCUGGUUAAUAGUUCAGGAAAAUGCAUAAAGAGAAUUAGAGACGCAUAACUAGUGACAAACUGAAGCGCCAAUUGAAGUUUUCCGCCUCUCGUCUUUAGUUAUUGUAGAGGAAGUUCACAGCCUCGGCUAAGGAAACAUCUUAAAGUGUCUGUGACUGUCAGCGUGUGGCGGUUUUUGUUCACAUCUUCUGCAUGAUCGUCUUCUCUGUUCAAGUUAUGUUGUUUUUGUCCUUCAUUUUAACAAAGCUGGACAGAUUUGACUGCUUUUUUCCUAAUUCAAUGUUAUGCCAUCUCUAAACUCAUACCUGUGAUUGUUUUUUUUUGCUUAUUUCAUUGUGAAAAAGUUAAAAAUUGUUCUCUUGAAAAGUCGAUUUGAAUCCACAUUUUUAGAAUUUGUGCUUUCGGGGUCAUGUCAAAGGAUUUUUACCGUCAUUUUUUUUUUUUUUUUUAUUACUGACGCUGUGCCAUAUUUUACUGAAAGAUUCUUUUGUUUCUUUUCAUUAAAAUGUAUAAUUUUGUUUUUGCAAGUAAAUGACCAUUUGACUUAUAUUUUUUUUUAAUUUUGAGUUUUUUGAAAAAGGAAAAAAACGAUUGUUUUACCUGUGAGGCACAGGUAUGUUCAUCCUAGUACUUAACAUGUUGUUCCAAACAUGGUUGUGUUAUCUCUUCUGUGAAGCUGUUGUCUGAAUAAAACUGUAUUUCUGUGUAAAGUGACGUUGUGUGCUGUUGUGACACUCCCGAAUUGUCUCUGUUACAUGCUGGUUGUUUUGACCAACAUUUGCUUACAGUGUUACUGGAUGCCUAAACUGUCUCUGGCACUUAAAAUAAAAACAGUUUCAAAUGA